GUCACGUCAGCACAGGGAUUGCCGUUCGCCAUCUCUUCUAUCGUCACCGUUGCAUGUUCGCAUGGACCACUGAGUGGAAGAGACCACCAUAGCCAUGCUUCGCUGCAGCCAUUGGCCUCGAAUCCCGCCGCUAUCUACGGUCAAGUUCAGUGCGUUUCAGGAGCUCACGGCAGGAAGACAUGAAUCAGUAUCAUAUCUACGAAGCUAUCGGCCGGGGAAAGCACUCGGUUGUGUACAAAGGGCGGAAGAAGAAGACGAUACAAUACUAUGCGAUCAAAAGCGUUGACAAGAGUCAGAAGAGCAAGGUGCUGCAGGAGGUGCGGACUCUCCAUUCUCUUGAUCAUGAGAAUGUGCUCAAGUUCCAUGCAUGGUAUGAGACCUCAAACCACCUUUGGCUGAUUCUUGAAUACUGCGUUGGUGGCGAUCUCCUUACGCUUCUUCGGCAGGACACACGCUUGCCAGAGGAGUCGAUACAUGACUUUGCCAGGGAUCUUCUAUGCGAUUUUGGUUUGGCACGAAGGCUCAGUGACAUCGCAAAGAGCUCUGUCCAGCAGUUGCCUCAAGCCAAGAGAGGAACACCAUGCUACAUGGCCCCAGAACUGUUUCAGGAGGGAGGGGUACACUCGUUCAUGUCAGACUUGUGGGCGUUAGGGUGUGUUAUGUACGAAUGUGCAGCUGGGCGGCCGCCGUUUGUUUCAAGCAGCUUUGCGCAGUUGGUGAAGGCUGUCCUGACAGAACCGCCCCCUCAGUUGCCGGGAAAGCCGCACCGAGAUUUCGAGGACCUCGUUAUGCGACUGCUGAUGAAAGAUCCAUGUGAACGAAUGGGUUGGGAUGAACUCAGAGAUCAUCCAUUCUGGAGAACAAAAUAUAAGAUUCUUCCUUUGCCAUUGCAGCCUGCACUGGAGAAUUUCCUGCGUCAGAGAGGAAGAAGAGAAGAUGGUGGGGUUGGUUGUGUGCGGGCAAGCAUUAUGGCCAAGGUUGGUGCAGAUGGACUGGACUUAGGCUUACGGGAUGGGCAGUAUGGGGACGAGAACAGCAUGGGAGCUCGCGAUCCUGGCAGUGCUGGCAAGGGAACGGUUGGUGAUCGACAGGCAAUGGCAGAGAAGACAGAUAGCGGAACAAAUGCAUCUGUGCGUGCUCAUGGAGGUGCUGGCGGCCAACCCAAUUCAGCAGCUGGAGUGACAGUGCUUCGUCUAUCGAAAAUUGUGAGGAGCAACAUGAGGAGAGAAGCUGAAGGGGAAGCAUAUCGGCAAGGUGGUGUCCGUGGAUCAGGUGAUCAUGAUGUUACACUGGCCAACAAUGAUGUGGAACUGGACUUUGCAGAAGCUGCUGAGGAGGAAGCUUGCGAGGAGGAAGAGGAGGAGAGUGGCUCGACAGGGGCAGGCACGCCAGGCCAGCUGGCAAGGGAGGACAGUGGUGGCACCCUGUCACCGCGGGAAAGGAGAGGAACAGGAGACUCUGGUGGCUCUGCAGAACGAGAAAAUGGUGAUUCAGCAAGAGUUGUGGGGGAAGACGGAAAGAGUGACGAGAGUACGGAUCCAUUCAAGUCUGGUGCAUCACGUCCUGAUGCCAGUGCUGGAGUCUCAGGUGCCGGUGUGGGUCGGAAAGCUCCGAGAGGGGCAGGGGUGGCCGCAGAUGAUCGAGAAAGAAGAGUUUCUGGUGCAGGGAAUGCAAAUGGAACUGUGAAGCGGAAUUCAGAUGAUGAUGGGCGUACAGGAAACGAUGGUGGUGUGCCGAGCAAAGCUGGUCUCGUCAGUCUCUCUGAUGUGAUGUGGCAUGCGCUGGACAGCUCUGUCAAACCAAUUGUUCUGAACAGAAGAAUUGAAAAGUUGCAGGAGCCAACGUUUGAGUUGAGGGCAUUGCCAGUCGACGCAUUAUCCGCUGCCAAUGUUGUUGCCCUUCAAACUGACCAGGUACAGCUUCAUGAGUUUCUGAAGGCGAUAAUGGGUAGCAUCAGUGGGGCAACUCAGGCACAGGAGAAGAUCAACACAUUGAGCUACUUAGAGACCCUCUGCGUGGACACCGAUGCAGCAAAUGUGCUUAUAAAUAGCCCGCUCAUGUCGUUUCUGGUGAAGAUGCUGCGGUCCAUGAAGCAGCCAUUGGUUCGUAUCAAGCUGGUGUCAGUAAUGGGGCUGUUAAUCAGGCAUGCAACGGUCAUUGAGGAUGAGUUUGUGGGAUCUGGAGCUGUGCCUAUGUUGACAGAUGUCCUCCGGGACAAGCAAGAUCGUGUGCGAAGGCGGGCCAUGGCAGCACUUGGGGAACUCCUAUUCUACAUUGCUACCCAGCAUGCAUCCCAUCAAGACAUCAGUUCCAAGGCUGAGAAUGGGUCAGGUUCUGCUGGUGCCAGUAGGGAUGGAAUGUCUUCCCUGGUCUGGCAGGUUCCAAACUCAACAAUCGCACUGGUUGCGUCGAUGCUGAGGAAGGGUGAGGAUGAGACAACCCAGCACUACGCUGUCAAAACGAUUGAAAAUAUUGCAAGCCAGUCAGGGGAGUGGGGUGUAAAGUUUGCUACGGUAGACGUGGUGCUAAACUUGGUCCACAUUAUGCUGACUUCGAAGCUGGAGCAUUUGAGAACGACAGCUGGAUCAACAGUUGUACGGCUCGUUCGUCGUAAUCCAGCACUCCUUCCGUAUGUAAUGGACAAGCUUGGGGUCAAGAUUCUCGUCAGAGGUCUUGCAGAAAGUACAUCAAGGAGCCAGCAAGUUUAUGUCUGUCUGAUGAAUCUUCUCCUAGCUGGGCCUCCUGCCGUUGGGAAACAUGUGACAGCACUUGCAGACGAGAAGUCUUUGGUGAGCAAUGUAGUUACCAUGCUCGAGCAUUCUGCUGACGUUCUGAGAGGGAAAGCUCUCGUGUUGGCAAUGCUCCUUAGCAAAGCCAAUCUUAGAUGGCUGAUGGCAUUGUGCAAUGCAAAAAUGGUCUUGGCCAUUGAGAGGCUUGCUAGGGACAAGGAUGCAUAUGUGCAGCUGUGUGUGCAGGCACUUGUUCAGACAGUGGCCAGCCUUGUGCCGGCACUUAUGGACCAGAUAUCGUUUGAUAUUGAUCGGCUUGGUAAUCGUCAGCGUCCAACAUCAGCAGGAGGGAGUGCAGCUUCGAGCUUGGUGAGACCCAGCAGCGCACUAGGCGGCGGAGGUGCCGGAGGGCUAGGAACAACUGCUGGAGCUGGCUACGCGUCACGGGGACCAAUCAUGCUGUUCUCAGUGCUCUUGCACCUUGUUACCUCACAGACAUUCAGAGGACGUGUCGUUGACCAAGGGCUUUUGACCCAGCUUGCUGGCUAUCUUAGAAGACUGGAGACACUCUCUUUCCAGGGGCAAGAUGAGUUUCUCAAUAUGAUUCUUCAUGUGCUUGAAGCUUUGUCGCAGCAUACCGGGAUAUUGCUAGAGCACCGGGACACGUUUGUUGCUUAUGUUCUGCCAAGGCUUGCAUCUAUGUAUAGCAAGAGCGGAAACGGCGACACGCGUUGCCUUUGCCUGAAAAUAUUUGCAGACAUUCUAGGCUUGUAUAUCGAGGAUUUGGCUGCUAAGGCCAGCGGAGCAGGAAACGGGCAUCCCACAGCAGCAAGGGCGUUGUCAGCGGUGGCUGCAAGUGGGAGUGUCUCAGGCUCGAGUGUAGAGAAGGCAAGAAUUGACUCGAUGGUCACGCAACACUUUUUGCCGCUCUACCCGUCCUUGCUGCAAGAUGAGGAUCCUAUGCCUUUGUACGCUCAGAAGCUUCUGAUCACGCUCCUUGAACAUUCCUGCGUGUCCAUUGGAGACGUUCUCCGUUUGCGUAUUGUUCCUCGCCUGUUUGAUUUCAUCCUUGCGGAUCUCAACAACGUAAACAAGCAUGCAAUGAAGUUGUGCGUCCUGUUGGCAGCGUCGAUGGAGAUUGAGACAAGACUGCUGUCAGAGAUGCGCAUUGUUCGGAAGCUUGGCGGCCUGCUCGAGGACGUUGUGGAGAAAGGCCACGACGAGCACGUCGCCCCCAUUCUGUCUAUUUGCAGGAGUUUGAUGGAGCGGCAUCUCCAGGCCGUUCAGAGCAGCCGUGGAGCGGGAUCUGGAACCGGCGUUGGAGUCGUCGGCGUCGCUGAUAUCACGGAAUUCGGGCGUUCCGCAGAGGUGUUUCUUGAGCUCACAGGGAGCUACGAAGCCUCCGUGGCGGACCCAGCAGGGGAAUGUGUUUUGUGGUUCGCAAGGGCGGUGCCAAGGGUUGCCACAGCAGCCUUACUUGUGAAUGUCGGUAAGCUAUCGAAAGUUCUGGAGACGGUGAGCACUGCUCAUGUGCAGCCUCUCCUUUCGAAGCUGCAGCGGUGCCUCCUGCUCGCGCUUGCUGUCUGCUGUAGAGAGCACCGUGCGGUUCUGGCGAACGCAAGAGAGUUUGGUUCUUCAGUUCCUUCAAUAACUAUUGCACCACAAACAGAGUUUGCAUUGCUUGAGGGCAUUCUUUUAAGGCUAAGAAAGUGCAGUAAUGUUGGGGUCAUGGAGGCAGCAACAGAAGCCGUUGCUGAGCUUCAGCUAAUGUUAAGGCGAGCAUAGACUUUACUUGCGGCUCGUCAUUGAGAAAUAGCGGGUUGAGAUGCAUGCCGAAGAAGAUGCUGCGCCAUUCAUGGUUAAUGUUCAAGCUUGUAACCUGUGAGAAAGGGCUCUUCGAGUACCCCCAAAACGUCCACCAGCUUUUUAGGGCCACCGGGCGAAGUGGUCAGAGGGGGUGCCAAGGUCUCUGUUUGAUUGGCCUUGAUGCUAAUUGCUGGUAGUGCUUAGCAUGUGUUGGAUUGUUUUUCAAGUGCAGAGCUGCAGGUGUGCAGAGUGAUGGACCUGCAGGUGUUCGUGUGGGCGAUGAUCAGACACAUCCUCAGUAUGCAGAGGACAUCAAGACCGCUCAGACAAAGGUUUCGAUGCUGGAAUUCGCACAAUUUACGGGCAGGGCAGGGCAUCCUGCACUCCCAAAAUCCCCUCCGCAGCAGACCACUGGCACUGCUGAUGUUGUGAUCCUUGCUUGGCGUGAUAGGAGGCGGCGAUUGGCAACUGACUGGCAUGCAUGCUUAAUCAGCCAAUCAAGCGUGGUGGGUACCCACCUCAGUGUCAUGACAUAUAUGCACGUGCAGCAGAGUUGCAAGGAGAAAUGUUGGGAGGCGGGCCUCAGGCGGGAGCCAAACGUCUAACAAUGUCGACAGCAGUGCAAAGCAAGGUUCGUCCAAAGCGUUUCAUUCGGUGAGUGCCAUCGUAUGUUUGGCCCAAAGUAUGGUCGCUCGGCAUGCAUUGAUCCAAGCUUACGCAGCUGCAUGGAAAGCAGCCUGAGCCCCAUGGAUAGUCGUAGAGGACAUCCUUAAAUUGUGGAGUACUCUUGAAAUCCUUUGCUAUGAGAUGUUUGCAGUUUGUGGACCACACAGAGUGUGGCUAGAGAUUUGUCUCUCGGAAGGGAAGGGGGGGAACAAUUGUUUUUUACUUGGAGGGUGUGUUAAUUCUUACUCGCAUGUCUCUCUCGGGGAAGGGAGAGGAAGAGAAUUUGGAGCAGGAAAUUUAUCAAGUUAGAAAGCUGGUUUCUUGGGAAUGUGCUGGGAGGUUAUUACCAUCGUGGCAUAAGGGAAUAGGAGGUGGAUGAUGGGCACUGGGGAACCAGACGUCUGUGCUCCGAGCAUCGUUUCCAUUGUGCACACAGGGCUGUUUGCAGGUCACCAUAUCCAAUGUCGCUUCCCGCUGAUGACCGCUUGCUGCAAUGCAGAAGCACCGAGUCUCUACACAAGGAGAGGGCUGGCCGGGAGGGAGGCAGCUCAACUUAGAAUUGAGCGUCCUGAGAGAUAACUUAUCAUUGGAUGAGCAAGGAAGAUCAGCCCAUGCAAAGAUCUUGUGAGUGGACUAAUUCUCCACUCUUUGUCAGCAAUUGCUGGAAGGGAACACUCUCUCGCUUGUUCAACAUCUGUAAUGGUGCUUUCAGUGUCUCUCUACUUUUGCUGGACAUCAUCGUGGAUUGUUUUUUUGCCUGUGUUCCGUCUGUAUGCUCCUGGUGGCUUGGUCUUUAUCGCGUACUGCUGUGGUAACAGUGUGGCUCCCUCACGCCAAAAGUCUCUCUCUCUCUCUAACAUCGAGAUAUAGUAUAUACACUACUUCGAUUUGCUCAUCCUGUCAAUGGAAGUACCCUCAGAGAGACUACCAGUUGAUUCGUUCGA